UUCAACAUCUGUAAGUAUAUUAGAUCUGCAAGAGACGUGAGGUUAUCAGAUUCUGCGCGCUGUGAAACUUUCGUUGAAACGUGGAAUAGUGAGAUUGUGUGCAGCAUUUACAUGAGUGAACUUUUUGUCGUUGUAGAAAUGGUUUUUACACGCUGUCAUCAAUUGGUUUCCAUCAUCUUUUUCAGCAAUCGUCUUGACGCAUUACAAACUGAAGGCAGAAGAAGUAGCGCAAUGUCUAACAACUGGUACUUCUCACUUGACAUCCGAUGUGCUUAGACAAUUAUUGGCAUUUGCCCCAGAUGAUAGAGAGGUACACAUACCUUCACUGAAUUCAAACAACAAAUGUGUAUUUUGAAUUGAAUGAAGCUUAGGUUUUUGUCAGUGAGUUGUGGUAAAAGUUGAAGUACAAGUUGAAGCUUCCUUAGGUCAGAAAUUAAUUAAAGAUCUUGUCAGCUGGCGGCGGUAUUCUUCAUUUACUCUUUUAUAGAAUCGAAGUUGUUCAAUACUUAGGAAAAUGUUUCCCUGGAAGAAAGUUCCUUGAAUUGAGCGGUUGAUAAGAAGAUGGUAUCGCGCGGAUGUUUUAUUUUUCGGGGAGUAGGGGAGACGUUGAGAGAUACUGAUCAUUGUUUUUAGGAAUUUUUUGUCGUUUUUUUAGGCAAGAGCUUUAAGAAAACGGGAACGGGAAAACGAAUCUUCACUGGAACCAGCUGAGCGCUUCUAUCUUCAGAUUGCAUCUUCGGUGUCUUCUUAUAAAGAAAGACUUCGUACAGUACUGCUCAAGGCCCAGUUCCAAGAAAGGAUCGCGCAAAUAAAACCAGUAAGAAAUUCAACAAAGAAAAAGUUAAGCUAUUCAUAAAUAACAAAAAAAUGUUAAUGAUUGUGAUGACGAUGACGAUGAUGACGAUGAUGAUGAUGGUGACGACAAAGAAGAUGCCCCCCCUGCUGUUCUGACCACGUCCACGCCAAUAAGCAAAGUUUCUUUUAUCCCAUUGCCUCACAGAUAUCGGUGUACAGUCUAAGUAUUAUACGCUUAUCUUCGUAACCCCAGGACACAUGACUACCUGAGACUCAAUGUAAAAAACGUUCCACAACUGAUGACGUAAUUCUACAGAGAUCCAUGUAAUGUCUCCGAUUGGCCUGUUUCCAUAGAAUUAAAAUUCCAAACCGAGUAGCCAACUGAUCAGAUACUGAUCAGAUAACUGUAGAAGGUCUGGGCAUGGCUUUACUGAUAGGCCUGCCAUGAGAAUAUACCUUUCCCAAAUUCCACUUCAAUGCAUACGUAUGAUCAAUAUAAUAUUGGGCGGAUAUUUUCAUACGUUUGCUGUAUUUUUGUGAACCCUGACCUCGACUAGACGCUGUUGUUUGUUGGAAUGCGGGAAAAGUCAAUUGGUCAAAAUUUUAACUAUGAAAUUCUGAAACCUGCAAAAUGUACUGAUAGCUGAAAAAUAGGCUAAAAAUUUAGGAUACCUGAGACUCUACCUACCCCAACUAAACUCUCAAGACAGCCAUCUGUUGCAUGUUAGUUAAGAGCCAAGUAAUCGUACCUAGAAUUGUAUUUAUUUAUUUAUUUAUUUAUUUAUUUAUUUUUGUUUUUCAGCAUCUUGAAACAGUCAUUACCGCUUGCCAGGAACUCAUGUCCAGUGAAAAGCUUGCAACCUUUAUUGAGCUUGUCCUCACAAUGGGAAACAUAAUGAAUGGAAGCGACACUUGUGCUUUUAAGAUAACGUUUGUUACAAAGCUGAUGGAUUAUAAAUCAUCGGUGAACAAAGCCACUUCAGUGUUAGACUAUCUUACUAGGGUUAUCAUCACCAAAUGUCCAAACAUUGCGGCAUUACAGGAUGAUCUUAAACACGUGGGACAGGCAUCGCAAGUUCCAUUCAGGUCACUAGACAAGGAAAUAUGCGAGCUGUCCACUGAAAUCGAGGUUCUGGAAGAAGAUGUUGAGAAAAUAAAUAAUGACUGCGUAAAAGAGGAUGGAGACUCUUUCCGCGCCAGUAUCGAACUGUUUGCUGUCUCCGCAAAAGAAGAGCUUAGAGACGUGUUGUCAAUGCGGAAGAAUGCAAAAAAGAAGUUCAACCUCCUUGUCCAGUAUUUCGGAGAGGAUUCCAACAAACCUGAAGAGUUCUUUGGUAUUUUUGCCACAUUGCUACACCAAUUUGAGGAUGUGUUGAGGACAUACAAGUGAAGAAACGAGUUUUAAAUGAAGAGAUCAGGCAAUGGACGUUAAUUAUAUUAAAACGCGGACUGUAAUUUUUUCUAACCUGAAACUUGAAAUUGAGCAGUUGGUUUAAAAUCGGGUUAGACCCAACAGCUCUAUCUCUCUCAAAAACCAUUCACGAUGCCAUCUUCGAUUUUGAAAUAUAACAAUAUUUUUAUUAUUCCUUACGUACGCAUGACAUAUUUUGACACGUAAUAAAAGAAGCAACUAUUUUAUUCUAUAAGAUGAAACGAUAUUUAUGGCCAAGAAGUCAACAUUCAAAGAUUGUUAAUUUUGUAAAUACGUUGAAAAUAAAGGCCGAGCUACUAUAAGAGGACUUUGCACGUCAUGUCUCUCCUUAUAAAUAAAUCAGUUUGAAUUUCAGGCGUGCUAAGAGUACGGACCAUUAAACGUUUUUGGGUGAAUUGCCCACCCCCCUAACACUGACCCACCCCCUCUCAAAAAAUAAU